GUUAUAAAGCAAACACCAUCGCCAUUUCCUCUUUUCACAACCUCUAUCUUCUCUUCACAUCUUUAGUACAAUUAUAUUGUUUUCUUCUAAGCAAAAAAAUGGCAAUCAAUGGUUUGUCCAAGAUGGCUGCAACCGCUCUUCUCUUAGUACUGGCCAUCGUCCCAGCCGCGAUCGCUGUGACAUACACGGUAGGAGACACUCAAGAGUGGUCCAGUGGUGUCGACUACACAGAAUGGGUUAAAGGAAAGACUUUCAGGGUUGGUGACGUUCUAGAGUUCAAGUAUGGUUCCUCACACUCGGUGGAUGUGACUACCAAAGCCGGAUAUGAUAACUGCGACACUUCCCUAUCCACAGUGAAUCACUCUGGCGGAGACACCAAAAUCGAACUCAAGACAGCAGGAGCCAACUACUACAUCUGCCCUACACCUGGUCACUGUCUCAAUGGCAUGAAGCUAGCAGUUACGGUUGUUUCCGGAACUCCAGCCGCUCCUACGCCGCCGUCUUCAACUCCCGGAACUCCUCCUACCACACCAGACUCACCUCCGGCUGCCGGAACUCCUCCUUCCACACCAGACUCACCUCCGGCUGCCGGAACUCCUCCCGCCACACCCGCACCUCCUCCUCGACAAAGUGGUGCCUCUAAGGGAGUGAUGAGUUACGUUUUGGUCGGAGCCUCGAUCGUUUUGGGUUAUGCUUUGUGGAUGUAAUUGCCAGGGAUGAGUCAGUGCUUUGGUUUUGAUCUACUUGGUUUUGGUUGUAAACUUGUGUGUCACGUCAGCAGCUCUUAUUAUUUAGCCAUUUGAUUAUCAUUAUCCCAUUCACUUUUUUUUGUUAUUGUAAUAAAGUUAUAAUUCAUUUCCGUUUC